GAGAUAGUUACAGUUGUACAGUGGACAGGGCAAGAUCUAACCAUUUCAACUCCGUGUCUGGGUAGAAUGACUGCGCUUGAAUGGACAUCCGCAUCGAAAGAGUAAUCUGCUUUUUUAUGAGAGCAACUGUUGGCGAACAGGAAUCCCCAAAUCUGCCUUCAAAGCGUCCUUGCGCUCACUUUGACUGAUAUUAUUACGGGGACUUCGUGGAAACUAGCAGCUACGGGAGUUAAAGUGGAAGAUCCUACCGCUGUCUGCUCUCGCCUUUUCGCGAUACGCAUUUUGCCAAAAUUGCCUCGCUGCGCUUUUUCUUCUCGUAGUGAGAAGAUCUGUCUUCUGGAUACGCGCUCCUUUUUAGCCAGAGAACACCUCUAAAUAUAUCUUUUCACUACGUUUGUUGGAUGCACCGAUGAGAGAUCCAGUUUUUACAGGGACUGCGAUGGCUUACCACCCUUUCCACGCUCACCGGCCGACCGACUUUCCCAUGUCAGCUUUUCUCGCGGCCGCGCAACCUUCCUUUUUCCCGGCGCUGACCUUGCCUCCCGGGGCUCUCACAAAGCCGAUCCCGGACCAUACCCUGGCCGGAGCCGCGGAGGCUGGGCUCCAUCCGGCUUUGAGUCACCACCAUCAGGCAGCUCAUCUUCGCAGUCUCAAGAGCUUGGAGCCAGAGGAAGAGGUUGAAGACGAUCCAAAAGUCACACUGGAAGCGAAGGAUCUAUGGGACCAGUUCCACAAAUUAGGAACAGAAAUGGUUAUUACGAAAUCUGGCAGGAGAAUGUUUCCACCUUUUAAGGUCCGCAUUAAUGGACUCGAUAAAAAAGCCAAGUAUAUUCUUUUAAUGGACAUUGUGGCUGCCGACGACUGCCGCUACAAGUUUCACAACUCUCGCUGGAUGGUUGCGGGGAAGGCCGACCCGGAGAUGCCAAAGCGAAUGUAUAUACAUCCGGAUAGCCCAGCUACUGGGGAACAAUGGAUGGCUAAGCCUGUUGCUUUUCAUAAACUGAAGUUAACCAACAAUAUUUCGGACAAACAUGGAUUUACCAUCCUGAAUUCAAUGCAUAAAUAUCAGCCCAGGUUCCAUAUUGUGAGAGCCAACGAUAUUCUGAAGCUUCCGUACAGCACUUUCAGGACAUACGUUUUCCCUGAGACCGAUUUUAUUGCUGUCACUGCUUAUCAAAACGACAAGAUAACUCAACUGAAAAUUGAUAAUAACCCCUUUGCCAAAGGCUUCAGAGACACGGGGAAUGGAAGGAGAGAAAAAAGGAAACAGCUGACCCUUCCAUCAUUACGCAUGUAUGAGGAUCAAUGUAAAGUGGACCGUGAUGGCGCCGACUCUGAUGCUUCCUCAAGCGAACCAACAACUGGCAGAGAUGCUGGUCAUUCACCUGGACCGGUUUCCAGCCCACUUAGGUUUAACCGGGGCAGCAGAGACGACAAAACAUGCACUGAUAGCGAGCACGAAAUGGACCACCAAAAUGACCGGUGUGGUGGCUCCAGCAGUCCUGCACCAGAGCCUUCAUCUCCAUUCAGGUCGAGGAGUGAGGACUGGGGGCGAGAGAAGCCUAUUGCGGAGAAGAAAGACGACUAUCCAGACUCACGAAAAACAAGUGAUUCUAUAUUUAGUAUAAGAAACUUGGAGAAAGACAAACUAGAGAGCAGGUCGAGGAAAGAUACAGACUCGUCAAAGAAAGACACGGAAAACAGCGGUAUAAGCGGUAGUAAAGACAGCUUCUCUCCUCUAAUGGUACAGACUGAAAGUCCUUCACAUUUUGGGGCAGGGCACCUUCAGAGUCUGGCGCUCUCCGGCCUACACAGUCAACAAUUCUUUAACCCACUAAACACCGGACAACCUCUAUUAUUCCACCCUGGACAAUUUGCAAUGGCACCUGGAGCGUUUUCUGCCAUGGGCAUGGGACAUCUAUUGGCUUCAGUAUCAGGCGCUGGUGGCCUGGAGAACGGAAGUCUGUCAGCUCAGGGUACUGGGAGCACACCGAGUCCCUUUCCCUUUCAUCUGUCUCAACACAUGCUUGCCUCUCAGGGCAUUCCGAUGCCAACCUUCGGUGGACUUUUCCCGUACCCCUACACCUACAUGGCCGCGGCAGCAGCAGCGGCUUCUGCCCUGCCCGCUAGCAGCAGCACGGCGUCCUCUCUCUCCAGGAACCCGUUCUUGAGCAGCAGCACUCGCCCUCGACUGCGAUUCAACCCUUAUCAGCUCCCAGUGUCGAUCCCUCAAAGCACAAACCUGCUCACCACCGGAUUGCCAAGCGGCCUAAACCCCUCAUCGGAAUCUUCUAAAUGUGGUAGCAGGGAAGCGAGUCCUGUGCCUGAUCACAAAUCGGGAGCCAGUCAAAGAAACGGCUCACCUAAAACGACAAUGAAGGAAUCCAUCAAUGAACUUCAAAAUAUCCAGAGACUAGUAAGCGGCCUAGAGAGCCAGCGGGAGACUUCGUCACCUAGGGAUUCACCCAAGUGAUCAAGCGUCCCCAAACCUAUCCAGGGCAUGACUUGAAUUGCCAGAGGAUUUUAUUAAGUUGUUCUCGGCGAGAAAUUUCAUUAUAUUUUGCGCAUGGAUGAUUAGAGUGGAAAACAAGAAGUCAACAAGAAAAAAAAAA